ACCAAUCCCUCGCACGUGUCCUCAUCCAAUGGGGAGUGAUGUUUAGUGUAUCCUAGCAACUCUGUGUAUGUUCUGUAGUGGUGCUGUAGCUAGCCCUUUAGGGACAUCAUGGACCCCUCCAGCUGCCCUCUACAAGUCAGAUGGGUACAAGGAAUUAACGAAAAACAUGUCACCUUUGUUAAUCGUAAUACAGUGUGCCAUCCAUGUGGGAAUUUUAUCAUUUUUACUGACAUAGAAACAAGAAAACAGACUUUGCUACAAAGUCCAACAGGGAGCAUUGGAGCUUUUGCUGUAAAUACGUUCAGUGAAGUGGUGGCAUUUACUAACCAGAAAUGUCAGCCAAACAUUUAUGUGUAUACUUUCCCAGGACUUGUCAAAAGAGCAGAACUAAAAGAUGGAGCACAGUUGGAAUAUUCUGCAAUAACUUUUAGUCAUUCUGGAUAUUAUUUAGCUAGUUAUUCGUCUGUCCCUGAUCAUAUGCUUACUAUCUGGAAUUGGCAAGAAGGCAUUUCUCUAUGCAGCAAAUCACAUUACAGCUGCAGUUUUACCAGUCUGACCUUUAACCCCAGUGAUUGGCAUCAGCUAUGCCUGUGUAGUGAGGAAUCUGUUACUGUGUGGAACAUUGAAGUAUGUGACACAGUGUAUCACCUGAAAGAAAAGCUAAUUAAACUUCCCAAUGAGGAUGGUACAGUAAAUGCAGAUAAUGAGUACUUUACUUCUCAAAUUGAUACUGAACUCUCAUACCUUGGACCUCAGAUGCCAGUACCAGCCAUUGCAGGUUUAUUGGGUGAUGAAGCAGAAGUAUUCAUGCCAAAAGAACUACAAAAACCAUUUGUUAAACCCAAUACACAUUGCUGGAGUGCAACGUCUGACUUGUACGUGGGCUGUAAAGGAGGACAGCUACUGUCUAUUAACCCAGAGACACAGAUGGUGAUCGUUCUUAGCCCAAUGGAUUGGCAAACGGCUGAUGAAUCGCCUAGAGGAACUGAUAUGAAAGGAAGCAUAAACACUUUUGCACUUUACAAAGAUGGACUCUACUUAGCUGGAAGCGAAGGAAUUUUGUGGUCAUGUUCUAUAAAGGGUUCAGAAUAUAAACUUGAAGAAUGCUGGGAUGCAAAGGAACCCAUUGAAAGUAUUGCUUUCUCCAGUGAUUACAGGAUUCUUUCCAUUGCAACAAGCAAGGGUUCUGUUUAUAUAUACAACCACAAACAUUCCCAAGACCCUUUUGAAAUUCUUAAUGCAUACAACAAGGGAUUAAUUGGUGUUGAUUUUUUGACCAAUGGAAGCAAGUCCUGCAUGAGCGUAAGCAAGUUUGGAGUUGUUCAGAUGUGGUCAGUGGAAGAUGGAGCAAACAUCAGUGCUUUGACUCUUGAUACCCAGGUAACUUGCAUGGCAUGCUGCCCAUCAUCCCAUUAUGCAGCAAUUGGAAGCAGUACCGGGCAUAUUUAUUUCAUUGAUGGCGCUAAAACAAAGUCUCCUCGAAUAGUUCAAAGAAAAAGACUUUAUCGUGUUCCUGUUCUGCACCUGCAUUUUGAUCAAAAUGGCCAUUUCCUUUUGACUGGGGCUGAUGAUGGACACAUAUUUGUAGUAGAUGCAAGGCCUUCCAAUUGUUUUCAAGUGCUUGGCUAUACAGUGGUUGGUGGAGAUAUCCUGUCCUUGUCAUCACUGAGUACAACAGAUACACCACAUAUUAAAGUUUUGGCACUUGUCUAUCCCGUGGGAGAGAAAGAAGAAGAUGACAGUGGCACUCAGCUGGAACUGUUUUCCUUGGCUCAGCAAAUCUUAGCAAAUCCCAUUGAAUACACGGAUCAGCAUGGGAUGUUUAAAGACAUCAUGAUCCAAAAGCAAAAGUACAAAGUUGAGCAGCCCCUGUAUUCGGCUGUUCUAGGAAGCAAUGGCAAUUCAGUCUAUGGUUACUGUGGCGAUUCUACAUUGAUUUACAAAUUUGUACUGCCAAAGGAUUUUGAUGGGAACCUACUUAAAGUUCUGUCUGCUGAGAAGAAUGUGCAGGGAAGUCAGCUUGGGCCUGGAUCUCUUCAUUUGUCUUCUCAUCACAAGUGGCUGGCUGUGGCUGCAAGAGAUGGGAUUUUGUAUCUUCAAGACUCCUAUAACUUGGAAACCUUUGCUCAGGCAAGCUGUCACUCCUACCACACUGGGGGUAUUGGCUCAAUGGCCUUUUCUUUAGAUGGACAUACACUGGUGACCACAGGAAUGGGAGAUGAAGCCAUUGUGUGCCUCAGAUGGAGAUCUCCCAAGAACAAUAUCGUGAAUUCUGCCCAAGAAUAUGGUAGAGCUCUUAGCAUUUCUCUUCAAUCCAAAAUAUUUGAUGAAGAUGAAGCUUUAAGGAAAAUGCCAGUUUGGUCACUAGAUACUGACACUGCACCGGUUCAGGGAAAAGAGGACAUCCAGCUGAGUGUGGAGGUGACUGAUCAGGAUGAUAGCUUCACAUUAGCCUCAUCUAUUAUAUCUGGAGAUCCUACAUGGCUUAAUCAGAAGCAUGAUGAGGCAAUAAAAGAAGAAACAAAGAAAUAUUCCAACCAAAAGAAAAGUCUAAAAAAUGGUAUAAAGGAAAUGAGGCAAAGAAUACAGGCAAUGAUGCGAGAGAAUGAAUCUUUGCCUGACAUUGAAAAACUAGAUCAGCAGGAAUUUAAUCUGGACACAGAGGAGCAAGAGAGACUCUAUGCAGAAAGAGAGCAGGCUGUGGAAAAGGUGAGGCAAGAAAUCGAAAUGGAAAACCUGGCCAAACAGUACCUGCGUGAUGUUAUAAAGAAAGAAUGCUGGGAUGCUAUGGCUGUUAAAGGACGAUCUAUUAUGUCCUUUCAUACAGGAUAUGAGGUCAAAAAUUAUCCCUUGAAAGAACGAAGUGCAAAGGAACUGGAAGAUAUCGCCAGAGUACUAAAGCUCAAGAAGAUUGAAUCUAUUGAUCUCAAGGCAAGAAAGGAAAUUGUUGAAGUUCACACAAGGAUAGGGUCAGAAGAGGAUGAAGAAGUGGAGGAGGAGACAGUGAAGAGUCAAGAUACCACGUCACUAAUUGGAAGUCUGAGUGAUCAGUAUGGAGGGGACACGUCUAACUUGUACAGUCAGCUGGAAAUGCACAGCAGAGAGGAGAAAAUAAACCAAAUCAUAUUGCUUCAAGACAUCAUCUACAAUGUCAAAACGGCUUUUAACAAAGAUUUUGAAGUUAUAUAUAGACAGAAGGAACAAGAAGUGGCUCGGGUGAAUGAAAGAAACCAAAGAAUACUGGAAAUAAUGUCUGAACUAAACCUCCAAGAAAAAAUUGUUGAGCCAAAAUUUACAGAUAACGAGAAACCAGAAAGAGCGCUCACAGUUGAGGAUUCUGAGAUAAAGGUUGAAAAAUACUUGACAGCUGAGCAAAAAGCCGAAGCAGAGCAGCAAGCUAAAAAGCAAGAGGAAAAAUACCUGGCUUCUCAGGAAGAUGAUGCUAAACACCGUGCCCUCAAUGAUAUGAUGGGAGGUGUUCUGGAAGUAAAGAAAGAAGAUAUUUUAAGAAUGGAAGUGCCAAAUCCGGGAUUCCUGUCUAAGACUGAGGCAGAAUGGACUGAAGAUGAGAAAAAGCAGUUCACAGAGUAUGAUAAAAAAUGUAAGGAGCUGAAUGAGGAGAAGGACAAGUACAGGAAGAUUCUAGAGGCGGAAAUGAAAAAAAAUCAAGCUUCAAUAAUGGAGACUACCCAGACUUUUGAUGAUGUUUUGAUGAGACUAUUUGAAAAGAAGGUGAAAUCUGAAAUGGCCAUUUACCAGGAAGAACUGAAAAUCAGCAAUCUUCUAUUCUCCAUUUUGAUUGAAGAAGAGAUAAAUACCAGAGUGGAACAAUUAAACAAAAUCAUGGCCAGAAAACGAAAACAUAAGAAUCAAACAGCCGAACUAGUUAAGACGUUUAAAGUUCAGGUAGAAUCUUUCAGAGAGACCUAUGAUGACCUAGUGGCAGAAGAUAAGUUGUUGGAUCGAGGAUUUAAGAAAGAAUUUCCAGAUGUAUCAGCCCAUCAUGUGGACCAGCUUUACAGACUCUACAAACGAAGGCCAAGAGUUCAGCGUCUUAGGACUCAGACAGAAAAUGAGGUCCCUUUUGGUGAUCGGCCAGCAUCAGGGAAAAUGUACAGUGAUUCAAUUGUUCAGCUCAUGAAAGCGAUGGAUGAAUUAGAUGCUCCAGAACACAUGCCAGAAGGACUCGAACUUCCAGUUUGGGAGCGUUUCUGUCUAGCAAGGAGGUCUAAAAUGGAAUAUGAACAGAAGGUGAAGCAAAAGGCACAGAUCCUGGCUGAAAUGCAGGAGUUUCUAUAUAAGAGGAUAGAAGAAGAUGAGAAGACACGGCAGGACAUUGAGAAUAUCAUGCAAGAUCUUAACAUAUUGCGUAAUGAGAAAAUGAAGUUUCUAUUGGACCUGACUGUCCAGUUUAUACUUAAACAAGGGCAAGUGGAAGUUGAAAAUACAGAUUUAAUGCCUAACUAUGCUGAUGCGAUCCUGCUGCACAGGAGUGUGAUCGAAGAUUUGAAUAGUAGCAUAAGGGGCCUGGGAGAACAGAAAAUCGCCAUCAUGGUGGAGAGCAAAGAUUUCCGUAAAGGAAUCUUUCAGCUUGAGUGGGAACACAAGAAGAUCCGAAUGGAGAUGGAAGACUUGAAAAAGAAAUCCAGGGACAUUACGAUGCUCCGCGUGACUAAAGACAUUCAGAUCUUUCUCAAUGAAUCCAAUUAUGACAAGCGUGUAUCUAACCAGAUCCAGGUCCUAGAAGAGACUAUCAAUGUCCAAGAAAAUCAACAUGAGAAAAAUGUAAAGCACUACAAAAAAGCUCAUGAGGAUUUAGAGAAAUAUAUUAGGAAAAUGGAAGCAGAUGAAGAGCUGGAUACAGAACUGCAGGAUGUACUUGUCUCCUUCUCGGAAAGGAAACACAUCUAUGAUGUAGUGGGGCUAGAGCAAAGUGCAGAGAAGAAUGCAAGAAAGAGAUACGUAGACAUUUUGCAGCGCCGGAAAUUAGUAGAUCUUGUAAAGGCGCAAGCUCAUGAGAUCGACAUACAACGCGCUGAUCUUGAUCGACUGAGGAUGAAAACCUUCCCAGCAUUAAUGCAAAUGGAGUACUAGGCUUUACCAUCCUAAGAUUCCCCAAAUCAAUAUUCUAUCUUCAAUUUGUAUUUAUUAUGUCUGGUUGGCUUGCUCAUUUCAUCUGAUGUGGUGCAGAACAGUUUAUGAAUAAAUAAAUAAUUUGUAUUA